UCCAGUUCGAUGUUUAAGGACUUUCCUUCGUCCAGAAUCUUGAAGCAAAUCGCUCGGUUGAACAAAAUCGCCGGCACCUCCGAAACUGCCUACAAAAUCGACCUGUCGAAGUUCGCCAAAGUCGAACUCUAUUUGAUCCAAAAGAACAUACACGGACCUUCGGUUGGGUUGAGAAAGUUUUGGAGACACAACCUCCCCACCUUGAAAUUCCACAACUCCGAAUUACCUUUCGUCAUGACCAGAAUAAGUGCUGAAACCCCCGAAGAAGUAGCAAAGUGUCCAGCUAAAAUAGUGGUCCACGGCUCCAACAGUGAAAAGUUCGAAAUCAAUUGUGCCAAUAAGCAUAGCAGUGCUAUUCUCGACGAGUUGGUCAAGAUCACUGGCGCUGUCAACGUUCCAGAAGCCGAGAUUCCUACUUUGAAGGCCCCACAA